GCAGGUCCCCGGAUGAACAGUUCAAGCUAGGGCUGAAUCGAAAGCGGGAGAAUAAGGAAGAGGAGUGGCUCAGGAAGAAUGGCAACCACCACCCCCCUUCUCCCUGACAAGACCUCUCCAGUCCAUGUGAGAUCCGUCAAUAGUCCAGAGCAAGAAAACCCUCCCCUUCCUCCUCGCAAAGUCCCUCGAAUGGUGAAACGCUCAGACGGUCGCUCCCUUUUACGCUACCGUAUCCCACCUCAGAGCUAUCUCAGUUACAUCUGGGAUUUCUUUACCUCAAUCAUCAAUGCCCAGUGGUACGUUGUUGUUCCCUUUUUCUUUGCCUGCUACGUCCUCUCCUGGCUGGUGUUUGGGUGUGCCUGGACCGCUCUCGCCUACAGCUACCCGGACGGAAACAUGACUUGCGUGUACAACGUUAGAGACUUUACCUCUGCAUUUCUGUUCUCAAUCGAGACACAAGUAACUAUCGGAUAUGGAUUUCGUUACCCAUCAGACAGUUGCGCGGCUGGAAUCACUCUCCUCGCCUUCCAGAGUGUAGUGGGUCUCCUCAUCGACUCGUUUCUCCUCGGGCUAAUGUUUGCCAAACUCACGCGACCACGGAGCCGAAGAAAGACAAUCUUCUUCAGUAACACUGCAGUCAUAUACGACCAGUUUGUGAGGAGAGUGGACCGAGAUGAAGAAGGUCGUCCGGUGGACAAGACGGAGCGACGCAGAGUUCUGGAGUUCAGGAUAGCGGACAUGAGAAGGUCACAGAUUGUCGAGGCACACGUCCGUCUCCAGCUUUACUGGUACCGAGAGUCCGCAGGAGGAGGAGGAGGAGGGGAGCUGCAGCAGUACGACCUGGACGUGGGGUACGACGAGGGGAGGGACCGCAUCUUCCUCCUCACUCCAGUCUCAGUCUUCCACUACAUCACUGAGCAGAGUCCUCUCUACGGCCUCACUCGUGAGGACCUCGCCUCCUCCAGACUGGAGCUGGUCGUGGUACUAGAGGGCAUCGUGGAGGCGACAGGACUCACGGCGCAGGUCCUCUGGUCUUACACGAGGGACGAGAUUGUGUUCGACUCGGUCUUUCAACCAGUAGCUUACUGCAGUGAGAGUGGCGGAGAAUGGGUGGUCGAUUUCUCCAAACUCAGCAGUCUGCGACCACUUGCAGAAUAGAGCCUUAUACAUACUUGACUUGACUCUGUAUUCUUCCCAAAUCUCCAUGAUCACUAUGCAUUUUGAAUGUUUUAAUGUUGCUAUAAUUGUGAGGAUUACAAAUUCAGUUGGAUAAAAAUAGAAAUGGUGACGUCAUUAUACGCUGGUCCCCCAAAGUGGGAUACUGUUCUGGGUGGUGGGGAUUUCAAAACCUUUGACUAGGUACACAGCACAAAGAGCAGCAUCAGCCGAGUUUGAGUAGAGAUGAACAUGUUUCUUGUGUGCCAUGUUUGCGAGGUACGCCCGUCCUCUGUUAUAAUCCCGGACAGCUCUCUCCGACAG